UUGAAGUGCCACCUGUGUCAGAGCUGCUGUUUUCUUUCUCAGCAGAAGGAUCCAGUGAGUGCAUUUCAGACAAACAACUGAAAUAAACUUUCAUCUAUAAGCAAACGUGGUAAUGACAUUCUGGUCGGCGCGCGCGGGCGCGUAAUAGAAAGUGUGUAGGUUGCAAAGGGUAGAAGACGAACUGGUAGAACAACUACAACAAACUGCAACACUCCUCUGCGGCCAUGCCUUACGAUUAAUCCUGUAUCCAGGAAGUGCUACUUCCGUGCUCCGAGAGCGCGCCUGUCCCCAGAGUGUCGCGUGCGUCGGAUUAGAUAAACGCGUUCGCUCGAGGAGAACCGCACAAGAACGCGACGCGGAGACAAUGCGUGAAUCUCUACGCUUUCAAGUCGCACCUUGACACGAGCAGGCGCGUGGAAAUGUGACGCCCGGGCAUGGGAUAUUACAGGAAGCGCGCGUGCAUGACACGGUUGUGACUAUGACAUGUGGAAUCAUUUGAACAGUGUUUAGUCACAAUAGCAUUCGCCAGCGUACAGGAUGAGCAGUGACAGCAGAGAGCUGGACGACUCGGGAGUGGAAGAAGGGCCCAGGGAAGAGCCGGAGGAGGACGACGAGCCCAGAGUGUGCCAAGUGUGUGGAGAUACUGCGACAGGUUACCACUUCAAUGCCAUGACCUGUGAGGGCUGUAAGGGUUUCUUCAGACGGGCCAUGAAGGGCACACCUAAUUUCCGCUGUGCGUUCCAGAACAAGUGUGUCAUCACCAAGAGUAACCGACGUCAGUGUCAGUCCUGUCGUCUACAGAAGUGCCUCUCAAUUGGCAUGUUGAAGGAGUUGAUCAUGUCAGAUGAGGCUGUAGAGAAACGGAGGAUGCUCAUUCGGAGGAAAAGGAUGGCCGAGGAACCUACUGUGCUCACGCAGGAACAAGAAACCAUCAUUGAGGAGCUGCUCCUGGCUCAUAAAAAAACAUUCGACAUGACCUUCUCAGACUUCAGCCAGUUCCGGCCGCUUGACCGUGAUGUUUACUACACCAAGGAGCCUUCAUCCAGCCACCAGUUUUCUCCUAGGGCUGAGAGUCAGGAGGAGGUAGACGACCCUGUAGAGAAUGGCAUCAGGUUCGGUUCCACUGCCAGGACACCUCAAAGCGAGGAAAAAGAAAAUGCCAGAAAAGUCAAGUUCACCAGCCUCCCUCACAUCACAGAUCUCAGCACCUACAUGAUCCAGAACAUCAUCAGCUACGCCAAGCUCAUCAGUGCCUUCAGAGCUCUGCCAAUCGAGGAUCAGAUCUCACUGCUGAAAGGUUGUACGUUCGAGAUCGUCCAAAUGCGCUUCAACAUGCUGUUUAACGAAAUGACGGGGAUCUGGGAAUGCGGCUCGCUGAAGUACUGCGUGAACGAUGCGCAGCGUGCUGGUUUUCAGCGCCACCUGUUGGACCCUCUCAUGAAGUUCCAUUACACCCUGCGCAAGCUGCACUUAAACGAGGAAGAGUAUGUCCUGAUGCAGGCCAUUUCACUCUUCUCACCAGACCGGCCGGGUGUGACGCAGCACAGAGAGGUUGAUGAGCUUCAGGAGAGAUUUGCUCUCACGCUAAAGACAUACAUCAGCGCGAAGAGGAGCGGCCCGGAGAAACAAUUGCUGUUCCCAAAAAUCAUGGCUUGCUUGACCGAAAUGAGGACUAUGAACGAGGAACACACUAAACAAGUGCUGCAGAUCCAGGACAUCCAGCCAGAAAUAUCGCCACUCCUUCUGGAGAUUGUGAGCAGACAAUGCUGAACCUUGUACCAGAGGUCAGACCUCAGAACAGACAGCAGCAAGAGCAUCUGAACCCUCAUCCUCGAGUUGCAUCGUUUCUGUUUCCGUGGAUGUCUUUAGUAGAGGUCGAAGAUUCAGUACGGGUGUUCCUGCAGCUUUACCUCGAGUCGUUUUAAACGUUACUCACAAAGGUACACUGUAGAGUGAGGAACGUGAAUUGUGACGUCACAAGCAAGUGUUUCUUUUUAAUCUAAGAUUAUAAAGCGACUUGGAAGGGUCUGUACAGGCUAAUAAUAUUGUGACCCACGUGAAAAAUGACCACUAGGCUCUAAAUUACAGGGAAAUGUUUGGCAAACCUACAAGCAUCAUUUGUAUCAAAUGAUAAGCAAAUAUUCUCGUAACAGUUCAGAAAAGUAGCACGGGAUGGAUGUUGACGGACGUUGAUCUUGGUAGUUAAGCAGUCUCGUGAUAAAGGCUCGAGAUAAAGGCUGUGUGGGAAUGGAAUGUGGAACAAACGACAGAUCUACAAGCAAGUCCUGUCCUCUGCCUCGUGAAGGCGGGGCUAACGGUAGGGGCGGAGCUUGUUUGUGUGGAGAAUGGCUGGUUCGGUUAAAUGUCGGUUUUUUAAUCAGAUGAAGACGUUUUUUUUUCCACCACAUGCUAAAAGCACACAGUAAACUGGAGUGGCUUUCAGAGGGAAAGCUGUUGAUGCAUCAUGAUGUUAGUUCUCAUCGCAAUAUAUGUGUGUGUGUGUGUGUGUGUGUGUGUUAUUAGCCUUGUGAAAUUACUAUGUGCGGUUACAAGCAGAUGGAAUGACACAAAUUGUAAUUUUGCACUUAAUCUGAGCCAGAACACAAAUAGAAAUUCCACUAGAGCCAUGUACGAUUGAGGAGAAUCACAUCUCAUGACUUGUAUAAAUGAUAUGUUACAGACUAUUCCUAACCCCACUACAAUAUAUUGUUGGUAAUGUCCGCUAUAUACUGUGCAUGAAACGAGAGAUUUUGGGUCCAAAAGUCAAAGGGUAGAGCUGGACCUGAUCUAACUCAUUCUGUGAAACUCUAACCCCUACACACACACACACACACACACACACACACACACACACACUCACAGACUUUCCAUUUUCAUGAUGUCAUUCAGCAGACCUUUUAUCCAAAGCGACUUGGAAAUGAUGAAAUACAAGCAAAGUGAUCCAUCGAGCACAGGACAAUGCAAGUGCUAGAGAAGUGCCCAGAGUAGAGGUGGGGCUUUUUUUUGGAGUGGGGACAGUUUGUUCCAGAUCAUUCCACCACUGAGGGACGUUCAGUUCAGAAGGUUCUGGAAAGAGACCUCGUGUCUCACUGAGCAGAAGCUACCGGCAUCUGUGAUUAAGUGAUCGCAGGUUGUAGGAGGGAAUGUAAAACCACAUAUCUCACACCUCACACACACCUCACACACACCUCACACACACCCACACAGCCAGAAAUGCCUGACAAACUGCAUAGCUGCAUCUACAUGAUAGUCUGUAAUUGGAUAGCUACAAAAUGACCUCUGCAGGAGUUACCUGAUGACACUGACUACAUGUAGCUAGUCACUGAAUGGUGUUAUGUUAAAUAUAUCCCAGAGAUGCUGCUUCGAAUGCACAAGAUUACACAAUAUAAGCUCCCCGGACAUUACCCACACCCACUAACAGCAGUGUUAUUGUACAGUGUCAGUAGGUUGUAGAUGAUGUAGCUUAGUUUAAAAGAAGAUACGUGGUUUGUUGGCUUAACUCCGAGGUUUACUUUUCCUCAGAGUUUGUGGGGAUUUCAAUAAGCAGCUGAAGUCUGUGAGUUUUGUCAUUUUCUUAAAGUGCAGAAAAUCACAGACGAUCAUCUUACACACUCACUGUAACACAAUCACACCAGCUGAAUCAUGUUACUACUCUAAAUACAGAUAUAACCUGAUGUGGGCGUGGCUUACAUGGUACAGUAUGUGAAAAUUCUUGCUUUGACAGCUCCUCAACUUCAGCUACAUCACUCGAGGUCAUAAUUACUCUUGUGCAAGACAGGAUUGUUCUUCGUCUUUUUUUUUUUUUUUUUUAGUACCACACACUUUGUAACUGCUUGGAAUGUUUUCUAACGAAUUUAGUUGCCAAAUUUAUAAACAAAUUCGUAUCUGAACAUCAUAUCUAACUCCCAUAAGACCUAAGAAAAUCUCAGGAACAAAAUAUAUGAAAUCACCAGCUGGAACAUUAUCAGAAAACAUCCAAAAAAGGAGGCUAAUAUUUAAACGCUUGGAUUAGGUUGAUGGAAUAAUCCCAUACUGAGUUUAUUGUUCAGUAUGCUGUCUGCAGAUAGUUUGGGGAUCCUGUGCUAUGGGGGAAUCGUCACUCACUCGGUUGUCUAAAACUGACAGGAACACAAUCAUCAAGACUCUGUAGCAUUACCUGAGUGGAGGUAUAACUGAAGGCGUGUCUCAAUCACCCCCCCCCCUUUGUUCAGUAGGUCAAUCAGCAAUGAUUCAGCAAGUUGGUCAUUUUCUUUGGGACUUUCUUUCCUUGCUCUUUCUCCUUUCUCUCUCUCUCAAUCACAAAACCCAUCCAAUGCACUGGAAAGUUCGCUCCGUACAAAUAUCCCACAAUGCACCACAGGGAGUGUUGAUGCUCACUAUCAUUUGGUAUUGAUGUCUUAUUUUCUGAAGCCUCUCAGCUCUGAAUCAUCCUUUACACAUUGUUGUUGUAGGUUUCAAAUCUCUACUUACCUUAGAGAUGUUUUUCAUUUGAUGUUCUAUAUACACUGAUCAGGCAUAACAUUAUGACCACUGCCAGGUGAGGUGAAUAAGACUGAUGAUCUCCUCAUCAUGGCACCUGUUAGUGGGUGGGAUAUAUUAGGCAGCAAGUCAACAUUUUGUCCUCAAAGUCGAUGUGUUAGAAGCAGGAAAAAUGGACAAGUGUAAGGAUUUGAGCGAGUUUGACAAAGGGCCAAAUUGUGAUGGCUAGACGACUGGAUCAGAGCAUCUCCAAAACUGCAGCUCUUGUGGAGGUGUUCCCGGUCUGUAGUGGUCAGUAUCUGUCAAAAGUAUCCUUGUAAGUCCUUUAUGUAGUAGUAGUCAUGCCACCUGAAAUUGAGUCAUCUAUGUCCCACUGUUGGGAGCGAGCCCUUUCCAGUGCCCUAUCUAGUGUACACACUGAUUGAGACACAUCCCAAGCAUUAAAGAAAGCAAGUACACGUGACUACUGUGAAGUUUAGAGUUUGGCCAGUUUCCUGUUAGAAAUCAAAUCAAUGCAAAGACAUGACAAGGCAGGGUUCAUGUCAGAGGUCCGGGGUUUCCUUUAUUUCCACCAUUAAAUAAGAUCUAAUGGUUGAGAUGAUGAAUCAGGAAUAAAGUUCACUCACAUAAAUAAAAGGGGGGGGGGUGUAUAUAAAGCUUGCAAGUUAUUUGGGUGCAACUUUUUGUCAAAAUAAAGAUAAUGGUUUUAUUUUUUUAAGAAGAAAAUGAAGCAUUGAAGAGGCUUUCCUGUUAUUUUGCCUUUUGCGUACAAAGUCUCAUGCCGAUUACCUUAAAGCUGUAACCAUGACGCCAGCUGCGCAUUGAAAAAUAUUCUGAUUGUGUGUUUUGUAAAAAGAGAGACUAUGCUUCGAGGUUACGUUACGUGGGAUGUCGUAUGUCGUCAUGUUUCAUUACAGUAAGAGGAGAAGAUUUUACACUGCAGACUGAAAGUCUCAUCUCGUCAGAGUUUUAAUGUAUCAUGUACCUCAGUGAUGGACACUACUACAGAGUGUAAAGCCAGAACAAAACUCAGAUCUGUCCUCAGAUGACCUACACUUAGAAAUGAUGGCAUUUUUAUUUCGCAAAGCUGAUUUUUCACCCAGACGUGUGCCAAUCAGGGAGAAAAAUGGCACAUUUGGCCACAAAAAAAACAAACAAAAAAAAAAAAACAA